AUGUUCAACAAAUCUAUCUUACUCAUAUCUAUCUUCGUUCUUCAUCUGGUAGCUGCCUUACCUGUUCAAGGCUCCAGUAUACAAGUUCGCUCAGAUGACAAAAGGUGUUUAGGCCAGUGUCACCCUGGAAAGAGAACCGAGUCCACUGUGCCUGUAGCCGAAACAGUCACAAUCGACGGCGACAUUGGCAGAGACGAGAGGAGGUGUGUUGGACAGUGCCACCCAGGAAAGAGACUUGAGCCUACCGCCACGAGUUCCGUCAUCACUGAAGAAACCCAUCCCGAUGGGAAGAGAUGUUCAGGACAGUGUCACCCUGGCAAAAGAGCCGAGCCUAUCAUUACUGAGAUAACCUCCUUCGCUAAGAUAGGCACUGACGGCAAAAGAUGCCUGGGACAAUGUUACCCUGGCAAAAGAUCUGAAAUUCUCGCUUCUGAGACGGCGACUAUUGUCGAGGUUGGCGCUGAUGACAAGCGAUGUGUAGGACAGUGCAUCUCCACUAAGAGACAAGACCUCGAGAAGAAAUGUAUCGGACAGCAGUAA